ACAAACACACGUAAAAGAAAAUAAUAAUAAUUACUGCGAUAAACUAGACAGACAGCAACCACAAUCAUCUCUACUGCUGAAGAUCGGAAUUUGAUUGUACUUUUCUCUCAUUUCUAGCAGUGUUUAGGCCCCAUUUUUGAUGGGGUCUAAACAAAGGACUGUGCUGUGCUGGGGGAUUGAGUGCUGUAGGCUUUCACAGCUCAUGUGGAGGUUUGCAGUCAGGGCAAAAAAGUGAACAAUGACAAGAAAACUCAGGGGAACAUCUUUAAAAUUCCCUCACGGAUAAAAGGAUAUCUUCAGGAUCAUAUCCCAAAUGGUUUCAGCACAACAUUGGAGCCUUUAAGAAGAGGAGCGCACUGAGAGAGUAAAGAUGUCUGAACUCAGCCAAGUCGCUGUAUACCCUGACUCCUCAGACAUUUAUAAGAAUGUCUUUUGCAAUCCCGCCUUUGAGCUGGAGGGGGAGAAGGAGGAGAGGGUGGAGGGAUUCAGGACAUCCUCUUCUACUCCUGAGCCAAUCAAACCGCCAGGAGCAAGCCUAGUCUGGGGAUUUUUUGGUGUGUGUGUGAUGCGUGUGCGUGCUCCGGGCUGCGGUUGGGGGGUGGUAGUGGUCUCUGCUGCUGUCCUGCUCCUAUUAGCAGCCCUAGGACUGAUGCUGGUCCUCAUUCUCACACAAAUAAAGAACCAGGCAGUGGAGGAUCAGGUGCUGACCACUGCCACUUCAGGCCUACAGCAUGCAGGAGAUGGACAGUCCCAAGCUUUACCUACAGUCCCUAUCAGCAGAAGUAAAGAGGACAGUACAGCUGCACCACAACCUGCCAGAAUCCCUCCAUCUGAACCAAGAUGUGGAGGUGUUUUAACUGACACUGAAGGAAGUUUCAGCUCUCCGAAUCACCCUGCGUCCUACCCCCCAAACUCGCUGUGUGUGUGGGUGAUUCAGGUCCCGCCCCCCUACCUUGUCCAGAUUCAUGUCUCCUCUUUGACCGUGGAGGGACCCUCUCCUUGCCUGUUUGACUGGGUGGAGGUGCGGGAGCAGAUCGAGCAGACUUCUGUGGUCACCAGGUUCUGUGGUAACGUAGCGCCACCGACGGUCAACACAAACAGCAGUACGGUGUGGGUCACCUUCCACUCUGAUGGCAGCAUCGCAGGCAACGGCUUCACUGCCCAGUACAGGGCCGUACUCCCCGGACACAAAAGCUGCUCCAGAGAAGAGUUCAUGUGCGACGGCGGCCGCUGCCUGCUGCCUGUGUCUGUGUGCGACGGUCAUCCAAACUGCCACGACCAGAUGGACGAGGCAAACUGCAGCCACAAGCACAAGGAAUGCGGUGGGCAGAAGAUUGGGCCGUAUGGUUACCUGGCAAGUCCAAACCACCCCGGGCCUUACCCUCACCAGCAGUUGUGUAUAUGGCGUAUAUCUGUUGAGGAGGGUCACGUGAUCACGCUGAGCUUCAGAAACUUCAGCCUGGAGACUCAGGAUGUGUGCGAGUUUGACUAUGUGGAGGUGCAUGACAGCGUCAGCACCGGAGCUGGAAGAGUCCUCGGAAGGUUUUGUGGUACCACCUUCCCCCCAGAGCUGACCUCCUCUGGCCCUCACAUGACAGUGGUGUUUGUGGCUGAUGAGGGAGUGGCCGACAGCGGCUUCAAUGCAACAUACCAGGCUGUGUCCGUGCUGGGCAGGACAUGCGGCCCCAGGCAGUUCGCCUGCAGCACAGGGGAGUGUGUUCAGCAGCAGUGGCUGUGUGACGGCUGGAACGACUGCCCCGAUGGUGCGGAUGAACAGGGCUGUGGCAACUCCACCUAUCCUCCCUUUACCUCGUCUUGUGAGCACAUUGAAGUAGAGAUGUGUCGGGGCCUCAGCUACAACUUCACCUCAUUCCCCAACAUCUGGCUGUCCAUUGCUGACCAGAGAGAAGCUGCCACCCUCCUGGGACAGUAUCGGGUGCUGAUGGAGCUGGCGUGCUUUGAGCCUCUGCAGAGGCUGGUUUGUGGGAUGUUUCUGCCCCAGUGUAGUCCUCAGGGCGGCGUCCUCCAACCCUGCCGCUCAGUCUGCUCCUCGGCCGAGCAGCAAUGCAGCCAAGCCCUGGAUCUCUUUUCCUUCAGCUGGCCCUUCAACUGCCACCUUCUCCCAGACUCACAGGACCCCUUGGAGUGCUCACUGCCUUGAAGCUGGGACAGUCCAGUUACCUUUGAGAUCAUAUCAGGCCCAUGCAGGAAAUACCCGAGCGUUCGAGGACCUUACUUACCUUAGUGGAAACAAAGGUUUACAGUUUUAAACACAGUUUGUAAUACAUGUGCUCAGUAUAUAUGAGACCACAUGCAGUUUUGAAGUAGACAGCUAAGUAAAAUGAAAGCUUUCGAUCUCCAACGGGAAUCAGACUGUUUUACUGUAAAUUGCCGUAUUUAUUUAAUGCUUUGAUGUCAAUCUUGUAAAUUAAAUAAACCAUGCAGAGAA